AUGGCACCAUCCUGGCUAAAUGAGCAUGAGGAGCUGCGUAGGCUGGAGUAUGCACGGAAUGUGCCAAUGACUCCGGAAUCUAACGUGCAUGCUGGGGAAAGGACCGGCUCUUCUAAAAUGUCUCCCCCCCACCCUGAGGAAUUCAUGAACAGCACACUUCUCAGAGAGAAUGCCAGCUCCAGACCCCCCACCCCAGGGAGCCUUGUCCAGUCAAGAGAAGACCCCGCUGGCCAUCUGGCUGAGAGAGCCGCCUUGUCUCAGAGGGAGGCCUUCCCAGAGGCAACUUCUUCCUUGCAGCUCCCUUCUGACAGGAGGCAAAUGCCCUCCCCUAAGGAAAAGCCCCCCUCCACGAAGCAAGAAAAUGCAUCCCGGAAGCACCCGAGGCUCCGGACAGCCACUGCCAGAGCUCCCAAAGCAGCCGCCCAUCCCAGCAUGCCAAACUCCAGGCUGUUUGUCUCUGUGGAGAGUCUGGACACACCUGAGGACACCCUCAUUGCAGCUCGUGCAGAAAAGCCCACCGUGCCUGAACUGACCCUCUGGGGCAGCAGGAAAGGAGGCCGUGGGGUGACUAGCCACUCCCCCCUCCAGAUCUCCCCCUUCACAGCCAGCCCCAUCACUUCCCAGGCCCUGCCCCCUGGGCUGGGAGCUGCAGAGCCAGCCAUGGUGGAUGCCAGGGCCCGUCACCAAGAGGAGGAAGGCAGCAGUCUGGUGCCCGUCCAAGUCAAAAACACCACAGAGGAAGAGCAGGAGGAGGAGCAAGACCCAGCAAAGGGAGCAUCCUUUGAGGAGGGCCAAGGAACCACCACCUCCACCAUAGUAACCACCACUGUGAUUUCUACAGAGCACUCGCCAGUUCUCUGCGGCAUGAACUUCUAUGACCCAGAGGGAUACAUCGACUCGACAGAUUUCCCUCCACUGCCUCGGAACAACUUCCUGGAAUGCACUUACAAUGUGACGGUCUACACUGGAUAUGGGGUGGAGCUGCAGGUGAAAAGUGUCAACCUAUCCGAGGGAGAAGUCCUCUCCAUCCGCGGAGUGGACGAUGACAACUUGGUGAUCUUGGCCAAUCAGACGCUCUUGGUGGAAGGCCAGGUGAUCCGGAGCCCAACCAACACCAUCUCGGUUUACUUCCGCACUUUCCCAGAGGACGUGGUUGGGACUUUCCAGCUGCACUACCAAGUGUUCAUGCUGAGCUGCAGCUUCCCCCGGAGACCGGACUUUGGGGAGGUGACGGUCCUGGGCCUGCACCCGGGGGGCACUGCCCGCUUCCACUGCCACCUGGGCUACGAACUGGAGGGGCCCGAAGUCCUGACCUGCAUCAAUGCCUCCAAGCCCCACUGGAGCCCCCCUGAGGCGGCCUGCGCAGCCCCCUGUGGAGGAACAGUGCAGAAUGCCACCCUUGGCCGCAUCCUGGCACCCACCCACCUGCAGAACCACUCGGAGAGCCUGCUGUGCGUGUGGACCCUGUGGGCGCCCGAAGGGCAGAAGCUCCACCUCCACUUUGAGCGGCUGCUGCUGGGAGACAAGCAAAGGAUGGCCGUCUACAGUGGAGAGACCAACCGCUCCCUCGUCCUCUACGACUCCCAGCAGAGCAGCAGCCUGCCCUUCGAAGGGGUGAUCAGCGAAGGCACCACCCUGCGGCUGGAGUUCCUGUCCGAUGACCCCAGCACUGGCCCCGUGUUCAACAUCCGGUUCGAAGCUUUCGAGAAGGGCCACUGCUACGAGCCGUACAUUCAGAAUGGGAACUUCACCACCUCUGACCCCACCUAUAACCUUGGGGCAGUCGUGGAGUUUACCUGCGACCCCGGGCACUCCCUGGAGCAAGGGCCGGCCAUCAUUGAGUGCAUCAACAUUCGCGAUCCCUACUGGAAUGACACCGAGCCCCUUUGCAGAGCCAUGUGCGGAGGGCAGCUCUCCACUGCAGCAGGAGUCAUCCUUUCCCCCAACUGGCCGGGGCCCUACGCAGAGGGAGAGGACUGCGUUUGGAGGGUCCACGUGGGAGAGGAGAAGCGCAUUUUCCUGGACAUUCAGUUUCUGAACCUGAGCGACAGUGACAUCCUCACAGUCUACGAUGGCGACGACCUGACCACCCACAUCCUGGGGCAGUUCCUGGGCAGCAGUGGCCCCCAGAAGCUCUACUCCUCCUCGCCAGACCUGACCAUCCAGUUCCACUCUGACCCAGCAGGGCUCUUCUUUGGGAAAGGACACGGCUUCAUCAUGAACUACAUUGAAGUGUCCCGGAAUGACUCUUGUUCAGACCUGCCAGAAAUUCAGAAUGGCUGGAAAACCACGUCCCACACGGAGCUCGUGAGAGAGGCCAAAAUCACCUACCAGUGUGAUCCAGGAUAUGACAUCGUGGGGAGCGACACCCUCACCUGCCAGUGGGACCUCAGCUGGAGCAGCGACCCCCCUUUCUGUGAGAAAAUCAUGUACUGCACAGACCCCGGGGAGGUGGGGCACUCGACCCGCCUGAUCUCUGAUCCGGUGCUGCUGGUGGGGACCACGAUCCAGUACACCUGCAACCCGGGCUUCGUGCUGGAAGGCAGCUCCCUCCUCACUUGCUACAGCCGAGAGACGGGGACCCCCAUCUGGACCUCCCGGCUCCCCCACUGCGUCUCCGAGGAGUCCCUGGCCUGUGACAACCCCGGCUUGCCCGAGAACGGCUACCAGAUCCUGUACAAGCGGCUCUACCUGCCCGGCGAAUCGCUGACUUUCGUGUGCUACGAGGGCUUUGAGCUCCUGGGCGAGGUCACCAUCAAAUGCAUCUUGGGGCAGCCCUCCCACUGGAGCGGGCCCCUCCCUGUCUGCCGAGUGAAUCAAGACAGCUUUGAACACGCUUUGGAAGUAGCCGAAGCUGCUGCCCAAACCUCCUUGGAGGGGGGGAACAUGGCUCUGGCCAUCUUCAUCCCUGUCCUUCUCGUCUCCUUGCUGCUGGGCGGAGCUUACGUCUACCUCACCAGGUGUCGCUACUCAUCCAGCCUGCGCCUGCCCCUCAUGUACUCGCAUCCCUACAGCCAGAUCACCGUGGAGACGGAAUUCGACAACCCCAUUUAUGAGACGGGGGAAACACGAGAAUAUGAAGUGUCCAUCUGAAGCCGGCCACUGGGACCUUUCCAUCCAGCCGCAGCUGUGCUCUCCUCUCCCAGGAUUUCCAUGGUGCUUAGCUGGCACCCUGGGCCUACUGAUCCU